UCAUUACGCCUCUUCCUGCUUUUAUUAUUGAACUGGUUCAUGUUCCUAUCCAUGAAUUCGUGAUUCAUAAAUAAAUCUACUUUGUUGGCACUGUGAUCUCCAGAAUCAGAAUUUUGGGUACUUCCAAUAAAUUAUGGACUUAGAAAGUGAGAGGAUUCUUAAACUAAUAUUUCCAGAUGGUGUACCAGAAAAUCUCGCCGACAAUCCGGAACUUUUCAAUUAUCUCAACAAGUUGGGUUCGUACAAAGUCGAGCAAUUGAAAAAGGAACAAACACGUCUUGCCGAGGAAACCAAACACAUUGUCGAACAAACGCAAGAUUUGGCAAUAUCGAAUUAUAAAACCUUUAUUAAGACAGCAGAAAAUUCUCGUUCCAUUUACAAGGAAUUUCAAAAGGCUGAAUCCCAAGUUGGCACUGUAGUGGAAAAACUACCCGAGUUAAGUGAAAAAUGUGAAACAUUCCUUGAGAAAUCGGUAGAAAUCAAUGAACAAAGACGACUCAACUCCAUAACGUUGAAAAAGAAUGCACAACUUUUGGAAAUAUUGGAGUUGCCACAAUUAAUGGAACGUUGUAUACGUGAGGGACGUUAUGAAGAAGCACUCGAAUUGGCUGCCUAUGUACAGAAGAUGGGUGAAAAUCAGGGUCAUAUAUUGGUUGUUAAGAGUAUUGUCCAUUCGGUGGAAUCAUUGUGGCACACAAUGCUGGUCCAAUUGGUGGCUCAACUUCGUACUGAUUUACAAUUGCCUAAAUGUUUACAAAUUGUGGGUUACUUGCGACGCAUGCAAGCCUUUGGCACCAAUGAAUUAAAAUUGAAAUUCCUACAGGCAAGAGAUUCUUGGCUAUCUGCAUCACUGAAGGCAAUACCAAUGGAUGAUGCCCAACAACAUUUAACCAAAACUAUUGAAGUAACCCGAGUUAAUCUUUUCAACAUCAUCACCCAGUACAAGGCUAUAUUUCCCGAUGAAGACAAUAUGGAGUUAACACAAAACGAUAAACCCCUACAAGGUGUGAGCUGUGAUGGAGAACGUCUAUUUCAAAGUUGGUUGCAUGAAAAGAUUUCUGACUUCUUGAAGACAUUAGAAAUGGAUUUGCAACGAGGCAUAACUUCCUUUGACACGGUCCUGGGACAGUGUAUGUAUUUUGGUCUUUCAUUUAGUCGAGUUGGUGCCGAUUUCCGUGCCUUGAUGGCACCAAUUUUUGUUCGAGUUAUCAAAGAUAAGUUUUUGGGCGCCAUCAGCAGUGUUAAUGAUCAAUUCGAAAGAGAACUGGAAAAGUACACUCUCAUCAAUAAAAUAACUGUGCACACAAGUCGCCAACAAUCGUCAACCGCAAAAAGCGAUACCAAUGACAUUGAAUCAUAUUCUCCGCCCGAAACGUUACUAGAUUUCCAUCCAUUGGCUGCCCUGUGUAAUGGCUAUUUAAAUGCCCUCAAUGAUUUGAGGCUUUGUGCUCCCACAGCUUUGGCAAAUGAUGUUACUUUGGCACUUCAACAAUCACUGGAGUUGGUAGCUAAAAGGAUUUUGGCCUUUUAUCGCCAGGAACAACAAGCUUUUACCUCAAGUGAACGUGAAACUUUUUCAAAAUUAUGCUAUUGUUUUGCCCAUGAAAUGAUCCCUUAUUUACAACGUUGUAUUCAUGCAAUCUUUCCAACUUCGGCUUUAUGCGGUCAUUUGGGAGUAAAUUUGAAUACAUUGGAGGCCAUGAAAAUAACCUAUUUACAACAGAAAGAUAUCCUGGAACCAUUGAAACAUUUGGUGCCAAAUAAAAUUGAGGUUAUGACGAAGUCCGACAUAACAUCCCCAAAGAUGGAAGGAACGAAUGUUGCUGUUACAGCAGAGGGUUAAACCAGUUGUCUAGUAUAUAAAAAUAUAGUCCUUUUAAGUAUUUACAAAUUUUAUAGAAAAACAUUUAAAUAUUCCAAAAAUCUUAAAUAUAUUAAAAAUAUGUACGAAA